AUGAAGCGUGUGUACUCGCUUGCCAUGCACCCGGCUUCCAACCAGCGUCUUGGCGCUGCUAUCGCGCUCACCGAGAUAUACAGAAUAUUCCGUGAGGAAGAAACACUUGUCACACAGUUUAUCUUUGAGUUGAUGCACAUGGUCUUGCUCAGCUUGAGAAUCAGUUCGAGUAGCAGUAGUAUACGUGGAGCUGGAGAAGGUGGUGACAAAGGAGAUGACGACGGUGCAGCAUCAAGUGAGAAUGACGAGAUUGCCAACAAACUGUCACACGUCCUCACCGUCAUGGUCAAGGUCAUUGAACGCAAGCUUGACAUACUCAACAAAUCCAACGCACAGCGUCGUGAGCACACUGAUCUCCAGGCAUUCGUGUUGUGGUUGUUCAAAGAGUGUUGUGGACGUACAGAGAGCCGAGCACGAACAGAAGCAAUCCUCCUCUUCCAACGUUUGGUGGUUAUGCUACCCGGCAUCAAGUCAGGGUCCCAAUGGAUCAAAGACAACAUCAAAAAGCAUGGUAUUGGUUUCAUCAUGGAGGUGGCCGAGCCUGCCAACUCGCUCUCUCCACCAACCGGCAGCAAAAAGAGUGGUGGUAGUGCACCAACAGUUGCAGAGAUUGAGUUUUGGUUCAAGCAUCUACAAACUUCACUACAUGUCUAUACCUGGUAUCUGAGCGAAUCAUUCAUCGAACCAAUUCACCUUGUCAACAAAGAAUAUGGAUCAAAAAUCCUAACCAAUUCAUUCUAUAUAUUUUUAUCAGAAUAUGCCAACAAUAAUAGUAAUAGUACUACCAACAACAGCUCACCAAUCUCUACUUUAUUAUCACCACUAUCACCACGUGAAUUGGAAAAGUAUAAUUUCUACAAGUUUAAAUUUAUUGAUAUAUUAAAUUAUGGUGGUAUUCAAUUUAUUCGAUUGGUUGGUGAUCUUUUAUUGACUCCAUUGGCAAUUGGAUUGACAGAGAUUGAUUUGGAGACGGGUGUGGCACCUCAACAGGGACAGGCAUUCCCAGGUGUACACCCUAUUGUAAAUAGAAUAUGUGCCAUUUUAAUCGAACAAGGUGAUAGAUACAAAGACACUUUGAUUCAAGUAUUGGUCGACAAGAUCACAUCAAAUGAUAGCGCAUUGAAUCUUGUAAACAUUGACAAGUUGAUCAAGAAUGAGAGUAUCGAUACUCUUAUCACACUAGUCAAAGGUUACAAGAUCAUUCACAACAAUAGAGUAUUGGACGAUGUCAUUGAACAAUGUGCACUGGCAACCAAAUCAACCAUUAUCAAAUCAACCAAACAACUCAACGAAUUAUUGGUUGAUUAUAUAUUUGAUAAUUGUAGUGACCAAGUAUCACCUUCUAAACUAUUGGUAUUCAAGGAGAUCCUCACCCUUGUUUUCAGUAUUGGUAUUUCUCCUCAAAAAUUAUUAUCACUUAUUCAAAAUCCUGCUUCUCUUCAAGAAAAAUCAAAAGAUAAAAAGGAUAUAAAUAAUAAUAAUAAUAAUAAUAACAAUAAUAAGGAUGAUAAAUCAAAGAAUGGUGAUGGUGAUGUUACAAUGACUACUACUACUCCACAAGCUGCUGGUGGUGGUGGUUCAGAUACACCACCUUUGGAACAAGUUGACAAGUAUAGUUUAUUCUAUAAAACAUUCUUUGGAGAGAUUACCAAACAUAUUUCAUCACACUUUGAAUCAUAUGUUGAUCAUCUUGUUGAACAAAUCAAGAAAACCAAUGGUAUCCAUAAAUUAUUAAAUGAUAUUUGUAUUUUCAAACAUACUCAAUGGACUGAAAAUCAAUCAUCAUUAAGAAAAAAGGAAAUGAAAACUGUUUUAAUUCCAUUUUUAACAAAAGUAUCAAGUAUAUUAUCAAACAAUGAUAUGAAACAAGAAGAAAAGGAAAAUAUCUUAGAGUUUGUAAAGAAUUUCAUCAAAGUUGAUACAACUACAUUCUUUGAGUCUCAAGAAGGUUAUGAUUUCAUUUAUUCAAUGUUGGUCAAUUAUUUAAAUAGAUCUAAUACUUUGGCAUUUAAAAAUAAGGCAUUGACCCUAUUACCUUAUUUAUUAUCUUAUCCAAAACAUCAUAAUUAUAAUUCUUUGAAAGAAAAAUUAAAUGAAAUUGUAGUUUAUAAUUUCCCAUUGGUUUCAAAGGAUUUAACGGUUGGAUCACCAAUUUAUAAUGAUUAUAUUACAACGAUUGAUAGAUUUUUGGAUACAUUGGAAUCUAAAGGAAGCACUUUUAUGAUUGAUACAUUACUUCCAAUCUUAAAGGAACGUGAUCAUAGCUAUAUUGUUAAUAUCAAUGCUUCUAUUGAUAGAUUUAUCAAGGGUAGUAGCGACGAACAGAGCAAGGAAGUGUUUACUCAUUGCUUUAAUGUAUUUUUGUCAAAUGACUAUACCGACGAACUCAAGAUUACUUUGGUCGAUAAAUUCUGUACACCUCUGAUUGCAAAGAUGACUCAGCCUUCUCUGAUCCAUUUGUUCACGUUACACCUUACUUCGCUCAUGUCUAUCAUCCAGCCACUCGUACCCAAAUACAUGACCAACUCGGGUGAGCGCAAGUCAUCAAUCAUUGAAAAGAUAUGCUGUUUCCAUGUGAUUGAAGCGUUCUACGAGGCGAUGCCGUCGACCACCAUCAAGGACAAUGUCAACCGAUACUUUUACGACAAGCCAGAUGCCAAGGGAACCGAGUUGACCGCCGCCAUCAUGCGUGCUGCCCAUUCUGCCAAGUCAGAGAAGCUGGCCAGCGACGACAAGCAUGUCACACGUCCACUGUGCACCCUCUACCACGGAUCAGCCUACAGCUGUCUAGCUAGUGUCAUUGCAGCGACGCAGUCAAGAGAAAACUUCUUCCACACCUUCUUUUUCAAAGAAAACAUUGAAAAGAAUGAAUAUCUCUGGGAGAAUAUCAUCGAUACUGAAAAGGUUUACAAUUUCGAGCCAGAAACUAAUUUCACAGUCAAUAGUAAGGUUGAUAUGAACAGUAUUGCCAGAAGAAACUUACAAGACAUCAAGUAUCUCUCGAGUCAGUAUCUUCAGGACAGCAGUCUUAGUCAAGACGCGAGUAUCUCUGGCAGAGGUGCUUUCAUUGCUCCUGCACCAGUUGGCCACCCACUAGCUACAUUUGAUGAUAUCAUGUACCAACAACAACAAAGAAAAUAUGCCAAACUCAAUGAAAACAUGGAGAUGGAUGAAAUCAACUCUAAUCCAUCCAUGUUGCCAAUGCUUCACAUUAUUGAUAUCUAUCAAGACAAAUUUAAAUUGGAUUCAAAUAGUAAUGAAAUGCCAAAAUGGAUGACUGAACUUUAUAACAAAGCUAAAGAUUCUCUAUUAAUUAAUAGACCACAAUAUUUUGAAAAGUAUCAUAGACAAUGGAUACCAUUAUUGAUUGAUUAUGUCAUCUCGCCAGCCACCGGUGGUAAAGGAUUCCAUUAUUUCAUUCGUGAUGUUUGUUUAAUUAUUUUGAAAUGGCCAAAUAUCUAUUCAUUGGAGAAUCAAAAGAGUUAUAAUUCAAUCAUUCAAUCAAAUAUUUCAAGAUUCAUAAAUUAUUUAUUUAAAAAUGCAUAUGCAGCAAAUAGACAAAUUCAUAGAAAUAAUUUAAAUAUUAUUAAAUUAUUUGUAGAGAGAUGGAAGGGAAUCUUUACAGUGGACAAGAAGAAUUCGAUUGUCGAAUAUUUAUCACAUCAGACAAGUGGUAAUUUCAAGGGUAAAGGCAGACAAUACAAAACAACUGGAUUAGUACUCCUUUCCAUUCUUCUCAGUAAUGAUAUUCCUGCAUAUGAUAAACAAAAUGAUUCAGAUAUCAAUGAAUUCAAAUUCUAUCAAACUCUACUAGACAAUCUUACAGACUUUAAAGAACUUUCAGAUGCUACCUCUGAAAUUUGUGGUAUGAUGUUAAAUUUUAAUCAAAAACAUCAAAAUCAAUCAGAUUUAAAUGAAUUAUUAAGAGGAAAGAUAUUAUCAUUAUUUGCAUCAACAGAUUAUCAAAGAGCAUUUAAUUGUUUAUAUUUUAUUGGAUUACAUCAUCCAUCAUUCCUUAAACAAUUCCAAGUUAGAAUGUUAAAUGUUUUACCACAGUUGAAUGAACAGGUUAGAUUGAUAGCAUUUAAUAUUUUGUAUUGGAUUGGAGAUGAAGUAGACGAUCUUUAUAUUAAAUUGAAAUCGAUCAAUUUGGAAAACCUUAUUCGUGUUAGAAACGAAGAGAAUCAAUUGAUCCUUCUCAAGAUCCUAUUCAAGAUUGUAAAGAAUCAGUCUACUCAACCCGCCAUCACCACACAGAUUGUUCAAUUACUUCUCAAAGACUAUUCAUUCAACUCUAAUCCAAAUGAAAGUUGUAGAGAUUUGUACUUUGAAAUUUGUAUGUGGAUCUAUAACAAUGUCGCCGAAUACAGUGAUUCAGAUCAAUUGAGAAUCACUCUACUCAUUGGUUUGUCCGAUGACAGUGAAGCCAUUAAAAAGAAAAUAAUGGAGUUUUGGGAUACCAAUCAACAACUUUCAUUGUCAACUUCAUCAAGAUUAUUACAAAUUUUCGAAAAAAUGUAUUCAGUUGAAACUGAAAAUCAAUGGUUAGGUUAUAGUUGUUGUUUAUUAUUCCAACUUUGUUCGAGAUCAAGUGACUUUUCGAAAUUGGUAUUUGAAAAACCAUUGAGUGAAUGUACAUUUAAGGAAUACCAACUUGACAGCUCAUGGCAGAGUAGAACAUCCAAUAUGAAUCCAUUGUUUAGUAGUUCACAAGAUGAUAGUGCCAGUCAGAUGAUGAUGAUGGAUACCGACCAGGGAAUCCGUUCGACUCAAGCACCACAAUUCACUCUUACACAAUCAUCGUUUUCACAAUUCUAUCCAUCUGGAAACUCAUCAUUAUCACAGGAUGUUGAUAUGAUCACUGGUAGUAAUUAUUCUCAACAACAUAGUCAACAACAACAACAAAAGAAACAACUACCAAAACCAACAUCAUCAUCAGGAAAACCAUCGGCUGGUCAAAAAGGUGGUUCUGGUGCAUUUAAACAACCUGCACCUGUUGAUGGUAAAUACAUGGAAUUGAGAAAUAGAUUCAAAAAGAAUGAAGGAAACAACACCAAUGAAUCAUCGGCCAACGCAAAUGUAUUUGCUAGAAUGCAAGUAAAAUUCAACAAGGAGAGAGAAGCAUACAUUGAACGUGCGAAAAAGGCAAGGGAGAACCAAGUCACUAUGUUUAGAAAGUAUAGAUCGGGUGAACUUCCAGACAUCCAGAUCAAGUUGCAAGAGAUAGUCCGUCCCUUGCAACUACUCUGUCAGAUCGAUUCGACUAUUGGUUCGAAUGUGUUUGCAUCGUUGUUUACGGCCAUUUAUGGACGUGCUGCGACCGAGACCAAGGGGUUCCGUGAAAACAUCAAGGAACGUAUCUCGUCUAUUUCAUCCGUGUCGGUACACUGCUACCCUCAGAUGGUUAGUUGUAUCUUGCGUAUCGUCGAGCAGUGUCCAGAACUUGCACCAACAUGUGCGCAACUGGCACGUAUUUCGUUGUACUCUGGAAACCAUCCGUUGGGUAUUGUCGUGUUGGAACAACAGAUACAGGCAAUGAUCAACAAGGAGAUGAGUAGCAGUGGGUCGCGUCGAAGACAGACCAGCAACUCUGUGGUGCCGCAGUCGUCCGAGUUGAGUGACGCAUGGGAGCAUCUGCGUGAGUUGUAUCGUGCAAUGAAUGAAAACGAUAUAUUACUUGGCUUGAUCGAGCGUCAAAUGGGCAACGUAUCCUACACCAAGGACGCGAUGGAGGCAGAGCUGCGCGGAGACUGGGUCUCUGUGCUCAAGGUGUACGAUCAAGCUUUAGGUGCACUGGAAUCGGGUCAGCUCCAAAACUACCAACUUUCACAACGCGAAACGAGUCUGUGGGAGAACGGACGUCUCGAAUGCUACACCAAGCUUCGCGACCUCGCCGCAUUACGUGACAACUUUAUUUCAUAUUUUGGAAGUGAUGAUAGUCAGCAAGGUCACAGUCAACAAGGCCAACAAAACAACAAUGCAGUGUUGGCAGCCAACGUGUUUACAGAGAGUAAUCGUGAGCAGUUAUUGACAUACUAUUUGCAGUACAGUCUCAAGGCAAAGGAGAACUGGCCCGCUCUAUACCAGUUCAUCUCGUCGUUGACACCCGAGCAAUACGAGUACAUCGAGUCAACGUUCCCAGGAGAACUUGCAUUCUUGGAGAUCACGCGUUCCGACUACAACAAGUCACACUAUUAUAUUCAAAAGUUCUACCAACGGUUCCGUGAGAAGUGGGCGUCCACCCAUCCACUCGCCAUCUCGUCGCGUCACCGUCUUUUACAACCCAUCCAAAAGAUGAUUGAAAUUGAAGAGUUCCUUUCACUCGUACACCCCAAGUCGACGUUUAGCAGUAGUGGUAGCACAGAUACAGACAUGACAAAGCUGUUUAUGAAGGGGUUGAUGGCAGACAAGGUCGUCACUCCGGGCAGAACAUUUGUAUCCAAGGACGAACUGGCAACCAACGUUGCCAACUCGGCACUCAAUAUCAAGCAUAUGGAAUCAUUGGUCAAUUUGUGGAAGAAACGGUAUCCAAGCCGUUUGGACGAUGUUGUAGUUUGGGACGACGUAGUCUCCUACAGAUCAGUCUUGCUCGAAAAGAUUUAUGAACGAUUCAUGUCUUCACAAAACGAUGAACAUAUUGAAUCGAGUAUCAAGAACCUACUCAUUCAGGAACGUGCUGAGCUCUACCACCAAAUGUCAAAGGGUGCGAGAAAGCUAGGCAACAUUAUCGUGUCGGAAAGUUAUUUCCGUCUUGCUGUCAAGUCAUACCCCAAGACUAAAGAGAACGAUUUGGCAUUCCCACUCGUCAGCUCGCUCAUCAAGAUCUACUGUCUCAAAGCCAAGAACUCGUCGACUCCACAAGAGUGCUUGGACCGUUUUGUCAAGGCACUCAAGUUUGUCGUCUCCAAGAGCAACGAAGAGACCAUCAAGCAGUCAAUUGACAAUCAACAGAAAUACGAGAGGCUGCACGGCGACAUUUUAUGGGAACUGUAUCAGUUGGAAGGCCAACUAGGUGCCGACGUGGUCCAAGACUCGUUGAAAAAGAAUAGUAUGUCUAUCCCGUCACUUUCCCUUGCACCCGCUGCCAAGGUAUCGUCUGAACUAUUUAAUAUGGCGUAUCGAUGCUACAAUGAUUCCAUUCAACUGCACACCAAACAACAACAAUCAAACAACUCGGUGUCAAAGGGUGCUUAUCUUCAAUUUGCUAAUUUCUGCGACAAUGUAUUGGCUCAGAGAACCAACGCAAACGAAAAGUCUGAUGAAGCAUCUGUGCUUGCCAGCUCGGUUGUCAAUGCCGCUCUGACAGCCAUCAAAGAAGAGAUCCCAGGAGCCAUUGAAAAAUUCCCAAGACUCUUGGAAAUCAUAUCGCAGUAUGAAUCUACUGCCAACGACUUUAAGGAGAAUAUAAAGACUAUUCCAUGUUGGAUGUUUAUUAGAUGGAUGAGUCAGAUAUUCCCAUACCUCGAUCUUCCUCAAGGACCACUAGUCAUCUCGAUCCUCGUCAAGAUUGCUCAAUACUAUCCACAGGCCAUCUACUUUCCCUACAAGAUUUCAAGUGAACAAUUUGGUCGUAUCGGUCAAAAGGUGUCACAACCAUUGGAUCUCAUCCUCAAGGAUUCUCUUCUCGAUACAUUCACACUAGAAUUGGAAAGAUUAACUCAUCCAGAACAUCGAUUCAAAGAUUACAUGGAAACAGUUAAACAAAUUUUAAAACAAACUCCAAUCGAUACUUCAUCCCUUGUUAAAUUAAAUACUGAAAUUUAUAAUGAUUGUUUUAAUCAUAAAACUGUUUCUGGUGACUAUAAUAAAAAGUUUUCAAAAGAAUGGGAAGCAAUUUAUAUUGGACAUUUUGGAAUUGAUGGAUCAAAAUUGAUUAAAAUGGAUGGAAGAAAAUUUGUUGAAGUUGUUACCGACAUGACCAUUAAAAUGAACAAAAAUAUGAAACCAACUUCAACUGCUAGUAUGAAAUUAAAAGAUUUUAGUUCAUGGUUGGCUGAAUUUGAUAAAUCAAAUUAUUUAAAUAAUAUUGAAAUACCAGGACAAUAUAAUGGAUAUGGUAAACCACAACCAGAAUUACAUAUAAAGGUAUCAUCAUUUGAUGCAAAUAUUUUGGUGAUGGGGUCAUUGAGAAAACCCAAACGUGUAAAGAUUCAUGGAAGUGAUGAACAAAAUUACCCAUUCUUGGUAAAAGGUGGUGAAGAUUUACGUUUGGAUCAACGCGUUCAACAAUUGUUCCAUGUUAUGAAUGAUAUCAUGGCAAAGGAUACAGCGACAUCUCAAAGAAACCUAAAGAUUGCUACUUAUCAUGUUGUACCAAUGACUAGUAAAGUUGGUAUUAUUCAGUGGUUGUUGGACACCAAACCACUCAAAGAGAUUUUAGAGGAGCAGAUGGCCAUUCAUCAAAAGGUCGAUAGAUCACAGGUAUCGUUGUCUCGUAUGGAAGCAUCCAAGAUCCACUCUGACUGGAUUCAAACCUUUGCCAAAUACCUCAAGACCUCUGGACCACCACCUCCAGGUCCACUCUACCAUCAAAUGUUUAUUCAUGCUACUGCCAAGGACGCCAUUGACAAGCAGGAACGUCAACACGCUCGUAUACCAGCAACACUCCUUCAAAAGGGUAUUUGGUCGUUGGCAGCAUCGCCAGAGGCAUACCUCUUUAUCCGUAGCUCAUUUGCAAGAUCAUUGGCUACAUUCUCGAUUGGAUCCUAUGUCAUUGGUAUUGGUGAUCGUCAUCUUGAAAACUUUUUGAUCAGUCAGAGAAAUGGAAUUUUGAUUGGUAUUGAUUUUGGUCAUGCCUUUGGUACGGCAACUCAAUUCCUUCCUAUUCCAGAGUUGAUGCCAUUCAGAUUGACACGUCAAUUUACUAGUUUCCUCAAACCACUGGAUGCAGUCGGUCUCUUGGCACACACCAUGACACAUACACUCAACGCGCUUCAAAACCAUAAAGACUUUUUAUUGUCGACUAUGGAUGUGUUUGUAAAAGAACCGCUCAUUGAUUGGGUCAAACUAGCGUCUAGACUCGGGAAGGAGAUGGGAGCAGACAAAAACACAGAUGAAUGGUUCCCAAAGAAAAAGAUUGCCAUUGCCAAAAAGAAGUUGGAUCGUUGGAAUCCUGCCUAUAUCACGACCGAAGAAAUCCUCUCCUCUGUACAUAAAGGACAGAUCUAUGAAAAGAAUCUUUUAGAGAUUACCCAUGGUGACCAAAACACAAAUAUUCGUAGCAAAACACCAAAGAUUUGUAAAUCGGCAAAAGAACAAGUAGAUUGUUUGAUUGAUCAAGCAACCGAUUUAAAUAUUCUUGGUAGAACUUGGGCUGGUUGGUCAAGUUGGUUAUAA